UUCAUCCCGAUGUUCAUGACCCCAACCAAAACAUUGGAUCGCAACCAUCGCAACCUCUCUGGCCUUCUACUAUUCAUCCUCUCCUAUCCCUCUAUUCAUGCCUGGAUCCCUGUAUGCUACAGCAACGACUGCUUGACACCAGAUUCCCACUUCAACCCCAUUGAGCGUGAAGUCAUGACGCGGUUACUGCUCGGUCUCAGACCCAUCGCCCUUCGAUCCUGGCGGCCUCGCCAUUUAUCCCGCCAUCGCGGACUGGAGGCCCAAUCCCAGGAUCCGGGCCCGCCUUCCUCCCCGCCUUCCUCCCCGCCCAAGCCUUCCCUGUUUAAUCGCUUUUUCCGGAGUCGUCAACAAUCCCAAGUGGAAGAGGCCCUGGAUGACGAGUUCCAACUGCAAGAGGAUUACCACCGCGAGCUCGAAUACGAACAACGACGGACCCAUCUCCAACGGAUUCGCAACAAAUCCGGACUCAGAGCCUCGGAUCGGCGACAAUUAUUGGGUCAUGCGCCCCUAACGGGCCUGAGCCUCAUUUACAACGAUGAGCAGCGCUCGCCACGCUAUCAACGGGGAUUGUGGGGCCGUUACGGCACCCAAGCCACGGGUCUACAUCCCGGAGUGGCCUGGCCUAAUGCCCGAGAAUUGCACGAAGCCCAAGAAUAUGAGCGAGUUCUGUAUGACGGGAAAUCCUUGAAGCAGUUGAUGCAAGAAGAUCGCGAAUCUCACCGUCAAAGCGAACUCGAGAGGCAACGCAGGGAGGAGGAAGUGGAGGCCAAAUUCUUGGUCAUGGAGCGACAGAUCAAGCAGGCCGAAGCCAAGGUCGAGCAACGCCUUCAAAUGGCCCAAAAGGAGAAGGCCAAACGAGAAGCCAUUCUGGCCGAGAUGCGUCAAGAGUACGGAUACGAUGUGGAUCCAAGUUUGCCACAAUUUGCCGAAGAUUACGCCCAACGAGAAAAAAUCCUAUCCAAACAGUCUAAGGGGGAUAAGAAGAAGGUUUACGAAGACAAAAAGACCAAAUCCAAGGUCCAAGCCAAAUCGGGAAACGAAAGCGAAAGCAGUACUACUAGUAGUGGUGGUGGUGGUGGUUCAAGCGAAAAGUCCGGCGAAUGAAGGCCGAACAUUUGGGCUCAUGUUGUUAUUUGCAAUAAAGAAAAUGAUUAGAAACCUC